UAAGUGAAAGAUCAGACUACAAUACUCUUCGAACAGAAAAUGAAAGAUAUCAUUGUGAGAAUAUGGCAAUGAGAGAGGCAUUGAAAAAUAUUAUUUGCCCACGUUGUGAUGGUUCACCUAUUGGAGAAGAAGAAAGGAAACAAAAUCUAGAAAAGAUGAAAAUAGCAAAUCAACAAUUGAGAGAUGAGCACCAAAGAAUAUCCACUCUCAUCUCAAGUGCUGUUGGAAAGUCUUUUGUGAUGAAUUCAAAAUUGGCACCACAAAAUAUUACUCUUGGAUCUUCAUCAAAUUCAUCUGAUGAAAGUUUGUUGAGCCAAACUAUAGGAGACUCUCCCAUCGGAUAUCCUCCUCAAGAAAACAAUAAUAAUAAUGUUCGCGAAAAUUCAAUAGAUAUUAAUAAUAUUCCAAUAAUUACUCCAUCACCACAAGAAAGUUCUGAAUUUCAUCAUGAUAAUGGGGAGAGAUCAAUUAUUCUUGAGAUUGUUGUUGCUGCAAUGGAUGAAAUUGUUACGGUUUUGCAAGUGGAUGAGCCACUUUGGAUAAAAUCACCGAAUGGUGUUAGGUAUUCUAUUCAUCGUGAUAGUUAUGAAAAAAUGUUUUCAAAUUUACAUCAACCUUAUAAAUCAUCAAGUGCUCAAAUUGAAUCAUCAAAGGAUUCUGGAGUUGUGUCAAUGACUCCAAUUGAGUUGAUCCAAAAUUUUCUUGAUCCGAUCAAAUGGAUGAACAUGUUUCCUACUAUGGUCACAAAAGCUAGGACUAUUGAAGUUUUUGAUACUGGGAAUCUUGGAGACUAUAUACAAUUGAUGUAUGAAAAGUUGCAUAUUUUAUCUCCUCUUGUGGGAGCUAGAGAUUUUUUCUUCAUACGUUGUUGUAGACAAAUUGAUCCAACAACAUGGAUAAUGAUGGAUGUUUCAUAUGAUAUAUUCAGAGAGAUUCAAAGUGGUGGACCUUCUUAUUGGAAGUUUCCUUCUGGUUGUAUAAUUCAAGAUUUAGGCAAUGGGAAAAGUCAGGUUACUUGGCUUGAACAUGUUCAAGUAGAUGACAAAAAUCAAACUCACCGUAUUUACAGAGAAUUAGUGUGUGGUCGUCAAACAUAUGGUGCUAAGAGAUGGAUUAUUACACUUCAACGGAUGUGUGAGAGAUAUAAUUUUGCAAUUGGGGAAAAAUGUCCCACUAGCCAUGAGCUUGAAGGAGUGGUUAAUGAUCCAAAAGGCAGGAAAAAUGUGAUGCAAAUAUCUCAAAGGAUGGUGAAGAGUUUUUGUGAAAUCCUAAGUAUGUCAGACAAAGUAGAUUUUCCUUCCUCACCAGAGAUGACCAACAAUGGAGUUAGGAUUUCUACUAGAAAAAAUGAAGAAAUUAGCCAACCAAAAGGGUUGAUUGUUACUGCUGCUACUUCCCUAUGGUUUCCUCUUUCAUUUGAAACUGUUUUCAAUUUCUUCAGAGAUGAGAGAACAAGGCCUCAGUGGGAUGUUUUGACCAAUGGGGAUGCUGUGAAUGAGUUAGCUCGAGUAAUAACAGGAACUUUUCCUGGAAACUAUAUUAAAAUCAUCCAGCCUUAUGUGCGAAAGGAGAACAUGAUGUUAGUUCUACAAGAGACAAACAUUGAUCAAAUGGGAGCCUUUUUAAUAUAUGCCCCUAUAGAUUUACCAACAGUCACUUCAAUUAUCAAUGGAGAAGACAGCACCAAAUUUCCAAUAUUGCCCUCAGGUUUCAUCAUAAGUCCCGAUGGUCGCCCCCCUGCGGAUAGGGACAGUACUGGAAAUACACCAAAUGGUUCAGUUUUGACAGUGGCUUUUCAAUUAUUGAUUUCUGCCAAUGAUAAUAAUAUCAAUAAUGAUUCAAUGUUCCAGCAGCAAAAUAUGGAGGCAGCGGCUACUAUUCACUCCCUUUUGAGCUCUACAAUUCUUAACAUCAAAGAAGCAUUGGGCUGCUCUGAUUAAAAUUAUGAUGGUUUAAUUUCAUGUUGUUAUUUUGGUUAUUCCAUUUUUUGGAGGUUUAAGACUUAGAUUUAAUGGUAAGUUUGAAGGAGAUGGAUAUGUAUUGGAGUUGUUAGGAAUUUUUGGGACAAAAAAGCCAAAUCUAAAUAUUUUACAGUUUGUUUAGUUGAAA